AUGCCUGAGUCCAACUCUGUACCCGGAUACGGGAUAUACCGUAUUGCUCUUGUUGACCUAGUCAAUCCUGCAUGCGGGAAGCACGAGCUAUCGAGAAAGGAUGAUAACGCAUUAGCUGCAUCUGAGCUAUCGAGCCUCUCGGACAGCCCAGUGAAUAAGUGGAUCGUUUAUCCUGUAUCUGCUUCUGAACAAGGUAUCGGCGAUUUUAGAAUCUCGAGCAUUGAUGGCAAACAUGUUUUGUCAUGGAAGGAGGAAGAUCUUAGCCUGGUACCAUCGGGGUCUUCACGCACAACUUGGAACAUAGAAGCUGCAAAGGGAAAAAAUGGGGGCGAAAUUUGGCAUUAUUUGAAGAUAUCUCCAAACGACAAACCUGGAUAUUAUAUAAAAGUCAACGACACGACAGGCCCUCUCACCAAAAUAUUGACUAAGGAGGAUGAGGCUCCGUGUUCGGGCUGGAAAUUUGAGAAAAUAUCAGAUGAAGUACCUGAACAUUUAUCUUGGUCUGCUUUGUCCGCGGCAGACGGAGAGUCUUUCCAGCAAAAGUUCUUCAACCUUACCCUGAAAGAGGCUGCUUGGGAGGAGUACGAUAUCAUCAUUGUUGGCUCUGGUAUCGGAGGCGGAAUUCUAGCAAACGACCUCUACGACACCAACUCUAGGCUCGGAAAGAACGCGAAGCGGAUUCUCCUCCUUGAGAGGGGAGGUCUGGUAUUUCAUUCUCACUGUUUGAAUACUGCUCGUCCUGCUGGAUUAGCAAAUGAUCGUGGCCAACAAAACGAUACCUUUUUCAAGCAAUUCAAGCGUCAAUACUUAUUUGAGCCCAAACUUGAGAAGGAGGAUGCCGAAAUUCCUGGAGAUCCGAAACGCGAUCCUAAGCAGCAAGACCCCUGGAGUGGUGGUGCCAUGUACUGCCUUGGGGGCCGUAGCGCUGCCUGGGGAUUGUUUGCGCCUCGCGUCCAUGACAGUGUCCUCCGAGAUAAAUAUCACUCCCAAGUUUAUCAAGAUCUACGCGAACAGUAUUACGACAAAGCCGAGCGCCUCAUGCUAGUCUCCCUACCGACCACUCGCCGGGCACAUCAACACGUAAUGGAUCGUCUCACUUCGAAAUGCCAGGAAGUGGAGCCGAGUGUCCAGUGGCAAUGGGGCCGAAUCGCGUCAGAAUUCAAGGAUGACCGUAACUUUGACUUUGCCGAAGGCGCAUAUUCUACUAUUGACAAGAUCCUGGAGAUUGCUAUGAGCCGCCCAAAGACAGACGUUCAGAGUCGCAGCGGAGACGAUGUUUUCACCGAGCACAAGUAUUUCAAGACUGUCCUCAACGCCGAUGUUAGAUCAUUGAACUUUGACACAAACGGUGCUGUUACGGGUGUAAACGUCAAGGCAGCCAAUGGGGAAAAUACUACUAUCAAUGUUAGGAAUCCGGGAAAAGGGGUCGAAAACGGAAAGGUCGUACUAUGCGCGGGGAGCGUACAUUCUCCUGCUAUCCUACUUCGAAGCGAUCACACCAAAGCUAAAAUUCAGGAUGGGAAGUAUAACGCGCUCCACCUGACCGACCAUAACAUCCUUUUCUUCCAAGCUUCAUUCCGCUACACCAAUCCCGCCCUUAGGGAGGAAUUAGGAGCGAUGAAGCUACAAACCUAUGCCAAAAUUGAUAAUCAAAUAGUCCUAUUCAACAUGUCCAUUGAUGCGUCCUCAUUUCUCCCAAGAGGGAAAUCUCCCGAUCCAAAGCUCCCGAAAUUCAUCUUCGUUAUUAUGUUGCAAGACGAACUUGUCAAAGACAACAGCAUCGUACUGGAGAAUGAUGAACCAAAGAUCCGGCUAAACAGGAGGAACAUGCCGCUUAGCGAAGAGAAGAUGCGUAAAUUCAUUUUAGCUGCUAUGAAGGCCCUCGUUGGCUCAGCUGGACUGGAGUUUGUUGACUUCGAGGACUUGAAAGCGGACUCCAAAUUCAACGACGUCAACGACAAAAAAUUCCUGAAAAAGAUCGAUAUCGGAUACCUCCCGCUCGGGGGUGUGGCGCACGAACUCGGAACGUUGCCCAUGGUUAGCAAGCUUGAAUCGGACGCGUUCUGCCUUGAUUCGAAUCUUCGAGUGCGACCUGAAAUAUGCGAUGGAGUUUACGUCUGUGACCUUUCAUGCUUCCCUCACUCUCCCGCAGCUAACCCCACACUUACUCUUGCGGCUCUCGCCAUUCGUCUCUCUCGCCAUCUUAAUGAACGACUUCGAGUUAAGGUCCAGGACAAUACGCGCGUUUACACCGUUAAUCAAACAAGCGCCAAGGUUCGAGUUUUCCUCUCCUAUCAGAAACCGCGUGGAAAGAGUGGUAAUGCGGAGGAGGCAGUUGUCCUGGCGCCAGGCCAAGAAUAUUCGUGGCAACGGGAGGCGAAUGUGCCUCAGGGACUCUUUAUAUACAGACUUGAUAUGAGCUCGCAAGAGGAGAAAUUCUUGGAUAGACCUGUUGUCCUUGUGGCUCAUCCUGGAAAAGUGACACCUAUUUUGUACGACUGA